CAGUUCAGUCUGAUUUCAGGCGGGUUCCAGCGCGCGCGCGAUAUCUCCAAGCACUUCUGUUGCUGCAUAACCGUGGACUUUAAAGAGCUCCGUUGCUGAUCUCAUACCGCAAGUGAUAUCCGAAUUCAUAGAUGAAAUCAUAGUUCUCGUCAUUCUACAUAUUCAAUUUGUUUGUUGGCAGUGAUUUGUGCAUUAGAGGUUGACCGGUGAAGAAAAUACCAGUUAUAUAUAAAAUUUCGUGAUUUAUCUUCGCUACAUUUGGAAUAGGUGCUGCUGAGAUCGAUCAUAAUGUCCGAUAACCAACAGAACGGUUCAGACACCGUAGACAAAGCAGCAGUAGAAGUGGCACAAUUGGCUUUGGAAGUAAACGAUGAGUGCAAAAAUUUAUCAAAUGAAACUAAACCGGAAGACACACCGAAAAAUCAAGAACCAAAGACAUCCGAGAGUUCUGAUGCGGAACAGAACGGCACUCCGAAAGUCGCCACAGUUCCCACGGCAGCUUUCAAGGAACAAUUCAAAGCUUUCUCGAAAUUUGGCGAUACUAAGUCCGACGGCAAGCAUAUGACUCUCUCUCAAAGUGACAAAUGGAUGAAGCAAGCGAAGGUUAUCGAUAAGAAAAUAACUACAACUGAUACGGGCAUCCACUUCAAGAAACUGAAAACAAUGAAACUUUCAUUUGACGACUACAACAAAUUUCUGGAGGAUCUCGCAAAGGCUAAGAAGCUGGAAGUGAACGACAUUAAAAGCAAAAUGGCCAGCUGUGGCACUCCAGGACUUCACAACACAACGCCCGCAAAAUCAGCCGAAACUGUCGCACGACUAACUGACACAUCCAAAUACACGGGCUCUCAUAAGCAACGCUUCGACGAGAGUGGUAAGGGCAAAGGCAUCGCUGGUCGCAAAGACCUUCCGGAUAGUUCUGGAUAUGUAACUGGGUACAGUCACAAAAAUACAUACGAUAAGACACAUUAAGUCUAAUUAUCGAGCUACUCUAAAAUAACAUACAAAUUUACAAAAUAAUUGCAUAGUGUACACUAUGUAACCGAAUAUGGUCAGAUAAUUCAUAUACUGUAUUUAACCUUAUGAUUGCAAACAACUGCUAAGCGGUUGUAUUGGUUUUGUUGAUCAUUUUAUGGCCAUGCGUACCAUAUUUCCAAACAGUUAUUUUAGAAAUUAUUCAAAUGUUGAUUAGUGGUAUUGUGUCCUGCUAUAUUAAAAUUGUCAUUUGAUUCCUUCCUUCACGUAUAACACAAACAAAACAAUAAUCUAUUCGUUGUGUGGUUUUAUUAGCAAGAUACUCUAUAUUGCUUGGAAAAUAUCGUCAAAUCUGAAAAGCAUAUAGUUAUACACUGGAAGUUAUAUAAAGUUCACCUGCGUUUCGUGUAAGAAUCUUUUGUACACCUUUGUGAAUAACUAUAUACAAUGAAGUCAUUCUAAUGAUACAAAAGACGUUUUCAAUAAAAUUUUGUUUAUACACAGUAA